UGACGGUCUCUUUUCAGCGUUACACAAAACAAUGCUCACGACUUUACGCUCCCACUCUUUGAACCUCCUUGAUGCGUUAUGGUGUUUUCUGGCUUUAUGCUUUCUUGUAGCAUUCUGCAUUCACAAAACCUCGAGAAGAUAUGAAACAUGUCGCCUCUAUGUGUUAUUUCAGGAUCUUAUCCGUUAUGGAAAAACCAAACAGCACCUCAAACGAGACGAGUGGCUGCGUGUGUUUGACGUCCCAAAAAGGUGGUUCUGGCACUUCUAUGCCGUCUCUGUUUGCUGGAACGGAUUUCUCCUCAUCGUCUACCUUGUCUUAGUCUCACAGCAUCAGUCACAGGAUCCUAGUCACCAGUGGCUGGCUGGUAUUUUGGCUAUUUUAACAGGUUUACCAGACUUUGCCAUUCAAGUCCCACAGUUGUCUACUCUGCUGGUGCAGCUGCUGCUCUGGGUCCAUUCCCUCAGGAGGCUGCUGGAGUGCCUGUUUGUCAGUGUUUUCUCUGAUGGAGCCAUGCAUUUGGUGCAGUAUGCCUUUGGACUGGGGUAUUAUCUUGUGCUAGGCUUGACGGUGCUCGGCUCAGAUAGGCUAGAGACAGGGACGGGCACUCUCCUUUCUCAGCUGGAAUGGUUUCAUGUUGCUGGGUUUGGACUUUUUGCUGGUGCUUCACUGCUGCAGCAUCAGUCAAUGCUCCUGCUGGCCAGGCUUCGUACUGGGAGGUCAGGAGCAGUGGAGACUCUGGCACACAGGCUGCCAAGGGGAGGCUGGUUUGAGGUGGUUUCGUGCCCACAUUACUUUGCUGAGCUUCUGAUCUAUGUCUCAUUCAGCUUGAUUUUCGGCGGUUUGUCUUUUACCUGGUGGCUUGUUGUCCUUUAUGUGUUCUUCAACCAGGCACUGGCAGCACAGCUUUGUCAUGACCUUUACCUUAGUAAAUAUGAGUCUUACCCAAAGCACAGAAAAGCAUUUAUACCUUUUUUGCUAUGAAUACACUCAUUUUUAUUUCUACAUUGUUUGAAUGUUUUGUUUUAUAAAGCAGGUAAUUGCAUUUAAAAUGUCUGGCAUAUCUGGGAAUCUGAGAGUAUGGGAGUAAACUUAUCGCCCUUAGAAUUCACAUGGUGCUUCUUUCCAAAUGAAGCCAAGAGAUUUCUGUGAGGAUUUGUGCCUAUUCAAUACAGCAAGACCAUUUGUUCAUAAAAUAAUAUACUUUUAUGUAAUGACAAGAUUUAUUUGUACAUCAUGCCAACUCAUCAGAUCACUUGGAAUUGAGUUCCUGCCCUGUGAAAAUAAAAAAUAAAUAUUUGUAUAAUCUA